AAAAUCUUGUCAAGAGUGUGGAUUGUCUCACACAGAACGGAGAUGUGGCUUCUGAUUCUGGUGGCGUAUUUGUUCCAAAGAAAUGUGAAUUCAGGAUGUAUGCCAACUAAAGCCGUGGAUCCAGAAGCUUUCAUGAAUAUUAGCGAAAUCAUCCAACAUCAAGGCUACCCUUGUGAGGAGUAUGAAGUUGUGACAGAAGAUGGGUACAUCCUUUCAGUUAACAGAAUUCCUCAAGGCCCAGCGCAACGUAAGAAGACAGGUCCGAGGCCAGUGGUGUUACUGCAGCAUGGCCUGAAUGGGGACGCCAGCCACUGGAUCUUCAACCUGCCCAACAGCAGCCUGGGCUUCAUUCUGGCAGAUGCUGGUUUUGACGUGUGGCUGGGGAAUAGCAGGGGGAACACCUGGUCUCGGAAACACAAGACCCUCUCCAUAGACCAAGAUGAGUUCUGGGCUUUUAGUUAUGAUGAGAUGGCUAAGUUUGACCUUCCUGCAGUCAUAAACUUUAUUUUGCAGAAAACCGGCCAGGAAAAGAUCUAUUAUGUCGGCUAUUCACAGGGCACCACCAUGGGCUUUGUUGCUUUUUCCACCAUGCCAGAACUGGCUCAGAAAAUCAAAAUGUAUUUUGCUUUAGCACCCAUAGCCACUAUUAAACAUACAAAAAGCCCUGGUGCCAAAUUUCUGUUGCUGCCGGAUAUGAUGAUCAAGGGACUGUUUGGCAGAAAAGAAUUUCUGUACCAGACCAGAUUCUUCAGACAGUUUGCUAUUUACCUGUGUGGUCAGAUGAUUAUUGAUCAGAUUUGUAGCAACUUCUUGUUUCUUAUGGGAGGAUUUAAUACAAACAAUAUGAACAUGAGCCGAGCAAAUGUGUAUGUCGCUCACACUCUGGCCGGAACGUCUGUGCAAAAUAUCCUACACUGGAGCCAGGCACUGAGUUCCGGGGAAUUCCGGGCAUUUGACUGGGGGAACGAGACCAAAAAUCUGGAGAAAGGCAAUCAGCCAACUCCCAUAAGGUACAAAGUCGGAGAUAUGAUGGUCCCCACCGCAGUGUGGACUGGGGGUCAGGACUGGCUUUCAAAUCCAGAGGACGUGAAGACACUGCUCUCUGAGGUGACCAAUCUCAUCUACCAUAAGAACAUUCCUGAGUGGGCACAUGUGGAUUUCAUCUGGGGCUUGGAUGCUCCUCACCGUAUGUACAAUGAGAUCAUACAUCUGAUGAAGCAGGAGGAGACCAGCUUCUCCCAGGGAAAGUGUGGGAUCAGGCUGUGA